AUGGAGAGGAAAGAAAAAAAAGAGAUGAGACAAGAUCGUGACAAGCUGAGUCCCUAUUGGCUGCCUAGGAAGCGAAAGAGACAGAGGUGCGGACUGAUUGGCUCCUGUGCCGCCACUAACUCACCAAUCAGAAGACAAAGUGUGAAGAAAAGGACCACCAGUGUGACCAUCCCAGAGGAAGCCAUACAGAGCCCGACACGCUCAGAGAAAGACCUGGAGGCCCUGGACGCGCCCCCACCCGGAGACGCCAUCCAGGCCAGCGCCACCGCCAAGCCCGGGGACGGCGCUGUGGAUGACAGGGAAUCUUGGGACUCGAAGUGGCAAUACCUGCUGGCUGUGAUCGGGUAUGCGGUGGGCCUGGGCUCCGUGUGGCGCUUCCCUUACCUGUGCCAGAAGAAUGGAGGGGGCGCCUUCCUCUUCCCUUACCUCAUCAUGCUGGCGGUGGAGGGCAUCCCGGUGUUCUAUCUGGAGCUGGCUGUCGGGCAACGCCUCAGGAAGGGCGCCAUCGGGGUCUGGAACCAGGUGUCGCCCUACUGCGGUGGCAUCGGUGUCGCUUCCGCCUUCGUUUCAUUCAACGUCGCCCUCUACUAUAACACUAUCAUCGCCUGGUGCCUCUACUACCUCGCCGGGAGUUUUCGCAGCCCCCUCCCCUGGACUGACUGCCCCAAGACUUACUACACCAAUGGCUCUUACAAGGAUGUGAAGGAAUGCGCGAAGAGCAGCCCGACGGAGUACUUCUGGUACAGAGACACACUGGACAUCUCGCCGGACAUCAACCACCCGGAAAAAUUCAACUGGAAGAUCGCUCUGUGCCUCAUCAUAGCGUGGGUGCUCACCUACCUCUGCAUGGCCAAGGGCAUCGCCUCCUCCGGCAAGGUAGUGUACGUGACAGCGCCCUUCCCCUACCUGGUGCUGGUGAUAUUCUUCGUGCGCGGCAUCACCCUGCCAGGAAUGGAGGAUGGACUCAAGCACCUCUUCACUCCGGACUGGACGAAAAUAUUGGACCCGACGGUGUGGUUAGAGGCAGGCACGCAAAUCUUCUUCUCCCUGGGCCUGGCGUUCGGGGGCCUCAUCGCCUUCUCGUCCUACAACCCGGUACACAACAACUGUUUCCGCGACGCUGUGGUGUGUGGACUCAUCAACUGCUGCACCGCCAUCUUCGCCGCUGUCGUCGUCUUCUCUGUGUUAGGUUUCAAGGCACACAUGGAGUACGAGGAAUGCAUCAACAACAACGACAACAUUCUGAUGGAGAGGAUCAACACAACGGACGUGAUCUCCAUUGACGCCAACACUGUCCUGCUGACUGACGGCACCAACCUAACCAUCCCCGAGCUACAGAAAUGUGACCUGCAGGAGACGCUGAGGAAUUCAGCCUCAGGGACAGGACUCGCCUUCAUCGUGUUCACGGAGGCCAUCAACCAGUUCCCGUGGGCGCCCUUCUGGUCCGUGCUCUUCUUCCUCAUGCUCUUCACGCUCGGUAUCGACUCGGAGUUCGGCACGCUGGAGGGCGUCAUCACUUCCAUCGUGGACCUCAAAGUUUUCCCUAACAUUCGCAAGGAGAUUCUGACCGCGCUGGCUUGCUCCGUGUGCUGCGCGAUCAGCAUGGCCUUCGCUCACGGCGCCGGCAAUUACGUUUUCAUCCUCUUCGACGACUUCUCCGGCAACAUCCCCCUGCUCAUCGUGGCUUUCUUCGAGUGCGUCUCUGUCUCCUACGUGUACGGCCUGCGCAGGUUCAGUGAUGACAUCGAACUUAUGAUUGGCAGCAGACCUCACAGCUUCUUCCUCGCGUGUUGGAAGUACGUGUCCCCUGCUGUCAUGCUCACCAUCCUCCUCGCCUCUAUCAUCAAGCAGGUGAUGAGCGGCUCUGGAUACAUGGCUUGGAGUGCUCAAGAAGGCAGGAUAACCUUCUUACAGUGGCCAACCUGGGCGUGGGGACUGGUGGCGGUCAUGGUGCUCAUCUCCGCCCUCUGGAUCCCCCUCAUCGCCCUCACCAGGCUGUGCGGUAUCCACGUGAUUCAAGACGAAGAGCCGGCGUGGUUCCCUGCUGAGGAGCUGAGAGAGUAUUACGCAGUUGUACCCCACAAAGUAACGCAGGUGGAGCGGAAGUUGUUCUGUAUCCGGGAGGACGGCAGCGAGGGCCUGUGUUGCCCCAUCAACGGCCCGCCUCAGGAGAGUGUCUAGAAGCUGACGCACAACACAGCGAGGGCGCGACAGCAGAUGGUCACUGGUCAGUCAUCUCGCGUUGUCGCCGCACAAUAAGGAAAAAAUCUGCUUCGUGGUGAUGCAAACGAGUAGGAAAUGUAGGAAAUCGUCGAUAGCUGGUUAUGUAGCGAGGAUGAGGUUUGGUUACAACACAGUCCACCACCUCCCGUGCGAGCCUUUCCCUUCCUUGCUUGUUCAAAUAUCAUUGCAUAAUACUCGAGUGAGGCUCUAGGCUUUGUACCUUGGUUGGCUUGCCUCCCCUGACCUCCUGUCCCAGCGAGUGGUCACCCCCGCGAGGAGGGAGGUCGGGGGUCUGUUCCUACACACAACACCUGCCCGACGCACGCUUCCGUCGAUCAGUCAGUCAGUCAGUCCCGGCGGAAAACAAAAAAAAUAUAUAUAUCCAAAUAAAUUACAACACUUGUUUUCACCCUCGUAGAUAACUGUGUAAAGUAUCGCGUUCUAUUUUAACAUAACUGCAGUUUUGGUAGAUUAAGCAAGGUGAAUAGGCUACUGUUGUCUAUUAUCCUUGAAUCUAAGUAUAUAUUUUCAAAAUGGCGACGGCAUACACGGGUAGAAAGCAGCAUUACGAGCACAGUCUCAGGUUAGGGUGACGCUGGCAGGUAGCGGAGCCCUGAGCCUUGAGCCCUGGUGUGUGUGUGUGUGUGUGUGUGUGUGCGCGGGUCACCUCAUCUCGGAAAGCAUCUCGUCCUGCACCAAACGUUCACCAUCGCACCGAGCAGGCGUCAACCACAGCAUGCAGAGCGUCAUCCAGAAUAUGCGCAGCGCGAGUCGCAGCAGCGCAGGGAUGGAGGCGGGGACAGCCUCUCCAACCACCGCCACCAUCCGCCCUUUACAAAAACAUAUCUUCCCUGCGUCGCUGUCAUUCAUGAUACAUGGGAAUACAACACAGCAAUGACUUACAGUCGGCCUCCUCCCUAAGGUCCUGCCUAUCACAGGACAAUACUUUGAGAAGGAUCCAAGAGAUUAUUCUAUUUUACACCGAGAUUACUCAGCGGUGCGUCGCGCGAUGUCGAGCUGAUCGAAAAGUACAAUGCUGAAAGAGAUUUAAUGUUUGCCGGAUAGACGAUCUUUAUUUUAGCGCCAUUCGUACCAAAUAUCUGACAUGGAAGUGGUGCAGAUUGACAGCGACGCAGUGCUUCACCGGAUAUCAAGAAAUCGUACACGCUGACGAUUCCAGUGGAGAUUAGGUUGCGUCCUGAGGGUGAAGCAGCAUCACCUUCUGAGGGCUAAAGGCGUUCCCGCCGCCACCACAGCACGAGCACUUGCCUCAAGCACCACCAGCCUCGGCAGCGUGUGACUGGAGCACGAUGGAGCACAAGACGCAGGUGAGAGACUCAUCGACAAUGCGGGCAUAGCAGGGGCGUGCCGGGGCCUCGAAGGUGAGGCAGUGUUGUCACCCGCCAGCCAGGGACGGCGAGGCUGGCCAAGGUGGGGCGCGGGGCUGUCUUCUCACGCCACCACACAGGAAUCCCUAAGUUAAAAGUGCCUCUUAUUGUUUGUUUGAUUGUUAUUAACAACAGUUAAUUACAGCUGGUUGCCAAACUGUGUUAAAAUGUUUGUUAAAUACUUUUAAAAAAUCCUCUCAAUGUUUCAUAAAUGUUAACAAGGAAAGAUAUAUCAGUGUAUGUGUGUAGCAGGAAGUGCAGUCAGUGAGUCAGUCAGUGAGUCAGUAGGCGUAGCGUGAGUUCGAGUAGUGCAGUGGGCGGGGCGAGGCGGGGCGGGGCGGGCGGGCAGGUGUGCCCCGUGCCUUGUCCCAGCUGACGCAUCAGGUCCAAAAGUUAGAUUACUUACAAACGUAAAAACAAAAACAAAAAUACAAAAAGAGGCCACGGCCAGUAUGUGUUACUUUUGUGAGAGCUUCACAUUUAAUUUUGAAGUUACAAAAUAGACUGUUUCCGUAUAAAUAAUGUAUAUACGAUAUACAUAUUAUAUAUAUAUUAUACAUAGAAACAACAAAAAUAGAUACGUACACACAUGCACAUUUACACGUAUGUACAUCAGCGUUCUUUAAUGAUGAAGCAGCUACCGUACUGCAGCUGAAGGCUAUCACGGAAUAGCCUGCCCUGUAAAUACUAAGUACAGGCCACAAGUCAUCCGUGGCUGCGUCCUGUUGCACCCUUCCGGGAGGUGAGGCGCCUAGCUUGUGGGCGUGGUGGGUCAGUCCGUAGGUCUGCAAUAAACUAAUUUCUAAGGUAUCACUGUCUGUAUGCAAGUGUUCGUGCAUUACUUAGUGCGGCGCCGUGACCCGCGACCCCGUGAUAGUGUACACCGGGGCUCGAGUUAUUCUUACUUUGACCGACACUCGGAUGGUCCUCCUCAUCCUCCUCUGUGUGUGUGUGUGUGUGUGUGUGUGUAUGUGUGUGUGUGUGUGUGUGUGAGUGUGUGUGUAAAGGGGUAAUACUCGUGCUCCUCACUGAGUAAGUGACAACCACCAGUCAGUCAGCUCACCCACCCAACAAGUACAAAAGGAAAUUCCUUGGCCGGGAGGCUAUAAAGACCCCGCUGGCAGCCAGCAUAAUCUUGAGAAGCACUGGCUGGCUGAGCUGGCUGACUGGUUGGCUGGCUGGAGGAUGAAAGAGAAGGGGAGGAGGGCAUCUAGAAUUAUGUUUAAGCGAUACCUUUCAAAUCCUUCAACAUUAGUUUAUUUUUUCUUUCGAGUCAACAUAAUUUUCUCCGUUACUUGGCCUGGAAAGCAUGUCAUGAGAGGAGUGAGGGAAGUAACAAGCCGCGUUAGGGCGCCACGAGGGAUCGAACAAACAAUACAACGUUAUGGGCCGCGUCACCAUCAACCAGGAUCAACAUCAUCUAACAAGAAGCAAAAUUCGACAACCUGUGAUAUUAUAAUAUAUUUUACGCCGAAACUUUUACUAUUGAUUAUAUUUUUUUAAUACGAAAUCGCGUUCUUCCAUGAAACUUCCACAAAUCUUCCACGUUAUCUAUAGUGCAGGGCAGCGGGGCCACGCGCAGUGCCGCCUCUUCUCUUAGUUGAGGGCCGCGAGGCGCGUCGGGCGGCUCCUGGCGAGGGAGCCACUGGCUGCGUCACCAGCCAGGCUGGCAGAGAUCGGAGCAUUUGCUUGUGUUUCCUUUGCACUAGUUAGGUCCCCUCGCGUAGGUCCGCGUGCUAAGUCAAUAUUUUGUGCUUUCGUUUAAUUAUUUAAUUUCAUAUCACACAAGAAGUUUAGAAUGGAUGCAGCUUUGACAUAAAACAUAUACCUAUAUAUAAAACACAAAAAACAAAAUACUGUUGUAAAUAAAAUGUUGACCAUACUGUAUAAGAAGAACGAAAGCUUUUGUCUUGUUCUCUGUCUCUCCCGUGUUCUACCUUCCUUCCCUUGACGCAGCCCUACUGCCGAGGCUCCCACAGGGUCUCGCUCCUUAAUAAACGCCCCACGCCAUCUCAAAAUAAGCGCCAAUGACUUUAUUUUCUUUCUUUUCCUAGUGGAGGUGAGCACGAGUGUCGCGGGUCCUUCAAUUAUACAGUUGUUCCGCGACACGUAGCAGAGACAACCAGUGAGACGUGUUAUUGUUUAGACCAAUAAAAUCUUCUGAUAGAA